ACCAUGGAAACCAGCCUGGGCUGCUGAAGGGUUGGGUCCACAGUCUGGUGAUGUUUGGCCUCGGUGGCUCUGUGUGAUCUGUGUCGACUGUGAGGACCACAAACAUCUUCAUCACCAACAUCAACAUCAUCAUCAACAACAACAGCAACAACAGCAGUCAUCAUAACCGUGGAGUCAUGCCAGGCCCGUGAGACAUGUGCUGCGUCCAGGCAGAGCGUGUGUUCCCCGCAUCUGACAGUGAGGAGAGCGAGGAGCCUCCCUCCAGAGGUCUUUCUAGGACGUGUCCUCCCCCCAGGGAUCUGCCCCUGUGGCGAGGGUUCCUCCCCGACGCACCACCAUGCCGCCACCACACUGCCGCCUCCGCCGUCGCCGCCUCCAUGCUGCCCGCACGGCGCUCCUUCUCCUCCUCAGUGGUCGCCGAGCUCAGCGCUGUCGGGCCCGGUCCACCUGUCGACUCCUGUGAAUUCCUGGAUGGAGGGGCAGUAACACCGCCAUGCUCACCCACAGAAUCACCGCCCCCGGCGCCCGCCCCCGCCGCCCCCAGCUACUACAUCUCAUCACUAAGGGCGUCAGCACGCCGUGGAGGCGGCAUCAGCCCGGACAAAGAGAAGGACCCUGUCACCAAACUUCUCCGCUUCCUCAAGACCUUCUACAGAGAGCUGGCGUCACGUGACCCCGCUAACUACCCUCCCUGGGCCCCUCCCCUGCCCAGCGGCACGUCCUGUCCUGCUACCUUCGAGCCCUCACUACUGUUGGUGCCCACCACCAGUCGCGGGGACACCGACACCAAGGACCAAAUACGGCUGGACCAGAUAUUCUCUGCAGUCAGAACAUCAGAGGGUGUCGUCCACGAAGCUCCGAGACGAGUAGUCAUCGAAGGUGGUCCUUGCAGCGGCAAAACAACGUUGUGCCUCAAACUGCUGCACUGUUGGGCGGCCAAAGACGACUGGUUCGGUCCUCAAAUACAACUAGCUUUAUUUGUACCACUUCGGGAGCUCAAAGGCUCUACGAUAUCACAUUACCUUAGUAAAGAGUUGUUACCUAAAGCAGCUGGGGGAAGUAGUAGCUUUCUGCAAGUUUGGAAAACGUUAAAUCAGUUAGAAGAUAGACUGUUGUUUGUUCUAGAUGGCUACGACGAAGCUUUAAGAAUCGGUGGAUUUGAAAGUGGUAACAAAUCCACAAGUAAUGGAGUUUCCGGCGGUAGAGAAGUUCUUGGAGACACCCUCGAAUUACUGGAGGGCAAGAUAUUUCCAGAAUGUAGAGUUAUCGUGACGUGUUGUGCAGGAUGGAGUAAUGAUCUAUCAAACUACGUACAACGGAGAAUCGUAUUAAAUGGUCUAGAUUGGCAACAUGUAGAAAAACUAGCUAGUGCCUAUUUCGUGGGUAGUAAAAAACAGGAUCAUGUUACUCGACUUUUAGACACCGUGUGCUCUAGCCCAGCCGUUUUGAGGCCGUUAGCUGCAUGGCCUUUGGGCUGGUUGAUGCUAUGUGUACUAUACGAAGAGGACUGUGGAUACAUUCCGACCGACACGUUGGAUCUUCACCAGGCUUUAUUCAAGUGCCUUAUACGUCGUAGUCUGGUGAAAAGAGGAGAUAUGCUUACGUGUCCAUUAAGCAACUCUACCGAUCUCCCUGGCCACUGUAAAAAGUUACUAGCAGAAUUUGGAAAGCUAGCCUUAGCUUGCAUCAAGGAAGAUAGAUUCAUGUAUACCGAUGGAGAAAUUCGAUCACAUUGUCGAGGAGGCAACCUAGAAGUAACCGAACUCGGGUUUUUGAUAAGAGGACUUAACUUUUCUAAAUGUCACGUUCAAAAGAAGAGAUCGGACUGCUACACUCCUAUACAUAGAUCUUUUGCAGAGUUUCUUGCCGCAUAUUACAUAUCAUCAGUAGUGCAUUACGCAAACAUUCUACGAAGAGAGCUCGAAGACCUUCCUGGUCUUACAGGAAACCCUAAUGGCAUAACAGAUUCUAGCACACUUUUAAUCUUGAGAUUUCUGAUGGGAUUGCUUGGGAGAAAAGGUCAUCUAGUAUUUAACCAGUUCAGUCCAUUGGACGUGCCAACGAGGACACUAUUCAUGCUUCUUCAGGCGUGUGGGCCAUCCGAGGCCAACGUCGCAGCAGUCAGCCGGUUGCUGGGAGCUUCGACUGGCUGUUGGGUAACAGGAAUGGGGAGAGUGAAUCCAGGGUCUAAUCCAAAAGUUCCUAUCCCUCUGGUCCACACUGCUCCAUUAGAGCUAGAAGGGUGGGCAAGUGUCCUUAAAAGUGAAGCGUGCUCUUUAGAAGCCCUAGAACUGGUUUUCCAAUUCGAUAAAGGAGCCGACUGUGAAGAGCUUCUAGACAGUUUCUUUGCGGCGUUGUCGGCCAAUGAUAGCGUCAGAAUAGUGAGGAUUUCGUCACUGUUAGGACAUGAGUUUACCACGGCUGAAGUAGAACGUCUAGCAGUGUAUGUCAAAACUACUUUGCCCAAACCAAGACUUCACACUUUCGAGCUUGUCAUCACUUGCCUCGAGGAUGGAAUACAAGAAAGGUUCCAGCCGCUUGUGGAUGCUCUGGCCGAGUCUGUCCAGCACGCAGCCUCCGCAUCGCUCAGUAAGCUGGUUCUGGAUCUCAACCUGGGGACCUCGCAGGUAGCUCAGCUGUGUGGCGCACUAGAGGACGCUCCUCAAGUCACCGUGCUGCAUCUCCCUCACCUCGGCUGUGGCAGAGACGGCCUCAAGGCCAUCGCCAACCUGGUCAAAGCGAGGCCUCUGGUGGCCCUAAACCUUACCGGCAGCUGGGGCAUGCGUAGAGACGAUCCCCCUUCCUCCACCGGUUCAGGAAGUGGUAGCAGUGGAGGCGUCGGAAGCACUAUGAGCACUUUACAGGCUACAAAGGCAUCCUUGUCCCCCAAGACCUCGGGCAGCUCAAACUACUAUUUCUCGUCACUACCCAGAGGUAUCAUGGGAGCCUACAACAGCCUGAGCCGACCGGCCACUCUGCCUCGUCAGCCUCUGCACCAGAUCAUGCUAGAUGGCUACGGCACGACCGACCACAAGAGAAACUCCGAUUCAAUUCUGUUCCAAAGAUUGUUUCAUCCGUUGCCGACGUGUGACCCAGCUGCCCACGCCAAUUCGGGGUUCCACGAUGUAUUCGAGGCCAUCCGCAGCUCCGGGUGUAAGCUCAAGAGCCUCAACGUGAGCAAGUGUCUGCUAGGUGCUGAGGACGCGCUUUGCCUGGGGGAGACUGUCAGACGGUGUACUUGCCUGGAUGCCCUCAAGCUGGAGGGUGGCACAAGACUGGGCGAGGUAUUGCCGGUGCUACUAGGUCUGGGUGACAACAAGUCUCUGCAGCUGCUAGACCUCGGCUCCCAGAGACUGGUGCUAGAGGACGGCCCUACCCAGCUGGUAUGUCAGUCACUGAUCAAGAACAAUAGUCUCAGGCUGCUCAGUCUUGAAGGCUGGACGUUCAGGAUAGAGGAAGAAGGUUCACUGCCAGUUUUUCUCGCCUUCCUGCAGGCCACCUCCAUCCGUGACCUGGUUCUGGCCAACUGUCGCCUCCACAUGGCAGUACACGAUGGCCGCCUCUCACGCCUGGGUCGCCAAGACGACGCUGUGGCAGAACUUCUUACUUGUCUGCCGCACUUUGUCUCUCCCAGCAUCGUGUUCCUGCGACUCGGAGGGUUCCAAGUGACGGUCAACGACCGAGUGGCUCUCAGGGGUCCUCACCUGCUACCGUUCCUCAGAGGAUUCACUCACCUCAGCGAUCUAGACUUGUCUAUGGAGAAGCACUCGGUCGGUCACUCCAACAGCAAUCCACUCAUCAUUGACGACAAGACGUUAAUAACCUUCUUUCAGACCUUAUCCAUGCACUUCAGGACUCUACAGAGUCUCAAAAUGAGCUAUUGGCGAGUAUCCUUGGAGGAAUGUGAAAAAACUUUGAAGACGAUUGGAAGGUAUUUGAAAACUUGUUCUCUGAGCUACAUAAAGACUAACGGUCUGGUGGUGACGGACAAUGUGCAUAGAACCUCUUUAGAACACUUGUUCCUCCAGACGGUGGUGUCGAGUCUCAGUCUGCUGACGUGGAUGAGUAUUGUAGGGGUCACCCUGACACCUGGGCAGGCAGCGGGCUUCGGAAAAUGUAUCCGGGAACGGUUCCCGGGAACCAUGCUGGAGUUGAGUUCGAAGGAUGUCGGGAAUGAAGCUCUCAAGUCAUUGAUAUCGUCACUAGAAGAAGGGGGUAAAAUAGAAGUCCUUUACCUUGGUGGUCCUUCUUGUAAUCUUCGUAUUCUUAGGAUCUUAAAAAAUCAAAAACUAAGAGGAAAAUUUCGCCGCUUUACCUCUUUAAAGGAAUAGUUUUGUCUACGAUUCGUUUUAUACAAUGUAAUGUUGAUGUUGAAAGUAUUUAUUUUACUUACAAAAAAUAUAACAAAGAAAAUAAUUUAAUAACAAUUAAUAAGUUUAUUUUUAACUUUCAAAUAUCAUUUUAAUCGUGUGACUAUGUAAUUGUAUCGUAAGAACAGUCCUACGAUGAAUUUCAAAAUAGUAUAUUUUAUAUGCUUGGCAGACAUCUAUCAAACUGAGCAGGUUUUAGUGUUCUCUACAAAACAAUAGUCUGACACUGUGGUGACCAUAAUAUUAAUCAAUCACAGCUCUUAUUUCUUAUAAAAAUAAUUUAAACAAAACCAACGUUACUAUUUCCAAAAAGCUAAUUUCCUAUUAUACAAAAAUCCAGCUUUUUAAAAUUAACAAGCUUUAAUUUCUAAUUGCAUAUUUAACAAUACUUUUGUUGUUGUAUCUUUCAUAUUUUUUCAUAGUUAAGUAAGUUACCUUUUAUAUUUAGUAGUUGCCCUAUCGUUCUUGAUGUUGUUGUUCAGUAGUUACUGGUGCGCAUUUCGCCUAAUUGAGGAAUCUUUAGAGAAUCUACAAUAUUUCAACUAAAUGUUCAAUGUUUAUGAAACACUAUUGUUAAUUUAACUACUGAACAACAACAUCAAGAAUAAUUAGGCAACUAAAAAAUACAAAAGGUAAGUUAAUUAUAAUAAGUUCCUGGAAACUAGGUUACACUGUAAAUAAUAUGUUCUUACGUUUUCAAGCUUUCCAUCGCAGAUUAUGAUUGUUUGCUAUACAUUCACCAUGUUAUUUAGAAGCACCGAACAAUAUUUUGAUUCGUCGUAGGUCCAGUUUACUGUACUAAGAUGUAUUAAAAUUCCCUUGAGGUUUUAACUGGUGAAAUAUGUAAAUAACCAUUGGAUGUGACUGAUUUUGAAAGCUAUGUUCGUAUUAGUUCAGUCGCGAGUAUGAAUAUAACUGUAUUGUAGGUGAUAGUGAAAAUAAAUAUAUAAUCGUAAAUCGCACAACUGUUACAACAUAAGUGAAGAAAAAACAAAUAUUAUUUGUUUCCCAUUUUUUUUAUAUCGAAAAAUGUUUUUUGAGUAAAUGUGUAUUAAUAUUUUUUACCUUGUAUAUUAUGUAUAAAUUUUUAAAAAAUCUGGAAAUACAUAAUUAUUUUUAAGCUCUGCUAAUUAUUACUGUAUAUAUGAGUGGUGAUAUGACUUUGAAUAGCUAUGGUUAAUAAUAGUUGUAUAGACUUGUGUUAUGUUUUGUAAUUAAAAAUAAUAUAUACCUAUAUAUUUCAAGUAAAUCUUUCGUAAGAGUUAAAUGUGUGGCUCUUUUAUUUUUCUAAUUAAUAUUUAUAGAUUAUAUUACACAUCGAUGAUUUAAAAUAUAUAAAUAAUGUUAUUCGUUAUAAGAGGGUUUUGUAUUUUUAUACUUUGUUCACAUCGCGAGUUUCACUAUUAUAGUAGUUCUCGGGUGGAGUGUGUGGCUACACCACUAGUUUGCACUCUGAGUCAUCAAAAGCGUAAAGGGUUCUAAAACAUCCACGAUCAAAUUUGGAUCUAUGUAAAGACAAUUUUGUACUUUUUUCUUAACCUCACAUAUCCUAGGGUCGACUCUCAUCUCAAAGCUGAGGCUUAUAGUCCUUUCCUCCUCACCUCAGUGUUGGUUACUUUUGUAUCAUUGUUUACCUUAGAAUAUUACAUAGUGCUGUACAUAGUAGUUGUUAUUGUUACACUGUAUCUGGAAUUCCAUUGUUUGAUAGCAAAGGUAUGCUCGUCGGUUGUUUUGCUAUGCUUACAUUUUGUAUUGCCUGUACACCAUUCUUCUCACUAUCUUUCUCGUACCCGUUUUAUCGACUAUUAUUGAUAUUCCAAACAUAAUGAAACCUUGUCAUUGUACAUUUUAAUAAGUUUUAAAAUAUCCUGGAAAUCUAUUUAGCUCUAAAAUACGUCCUUGAAAUGAAGUAAUUAUCACAUAAGAAUAAUUAUGUACGUGGAAUUCAGGUUAUUCUUAUAGACCAGUCGUAUUCAAUAAUGAAUUAUAAGUAAGACAACUUCAUUAAAUUAUGAUUCUAUAAACAUUUCUUGACACCGCGGUCCACAAUUCGGCAAUGUUGUCACAGUGGUUUGUUUUGAACUUAGGCUGUGUUAGCUCAUAGUAAAACGCUAAGUCUAGAAUCUCAAUAUCUAAGCAAGGACACCAAGCUGGUAAAAUGACAUAGGGUGAUUAGGAAUAAAUCUAACGACAUUAACAGAUUAAUUCAAUUACUACGGUAAGCAAUUAUUGAGGAAAAUCCCUUGAGUCAGGAGUUGUAGAAACACCUUCCAUUUAGACUAAAAGUAAAACACAAACGUAAAGUACAGCAUAAAACAUAAACACUUUAUACUUACCAAUUGCAAUGGGGGAAUCUAGCCCAUUCGUUCGUUACACCGAGAUGUGGUCACUGAUACUAAGAUUUUCAUGUAAUGAGUACAAAAACGUGCACAAAUAAAUAUCAAUACCAGAUAUAUAUGCAUUUAAACUACUAAUAUUAACACGAAGCAUAAUUAAUACAUUUUUAAAAAUCAAUAAGAAUUUCGUUGUGAUACAUAAUGUAUACUUUAAAAAUUAAUUUGACGUAAAAAGACACUGUUACCGCAUUUUAACUGAUUUUCACAAGUCAUAUGUGACUUAUACAUAUCUCUAAGUAGGCAUUAUUCUACAAAACAUUAGCAAGAAUGUAACACAAUAGCUGUUUAUUAUUAAUUCAUACGCUAUUAAUUAUUUUCUACAUUUAAAUUAUAAAAAAAAGCAAAAGGGAAAAACGAUCUUGCUUAAUAUUUUUGUUUGGAUUAAAGUGCUCAAAUAAUAAUUAAACUGCAUUAAAUACAUAUUUUUUAUUCAUUAGACAGAAUAACUAGCAUUCCACCAAUCAAUGACAAUAUUAAAAUGAAACUGCCAUGUAUAUUUUCUUGUAUUGAACUACAUUUUUUAUAGAUCUCCAGACAUUUUACAAACAUGAAUAAACAAUUAUAUGAUACAAUUACUAAUAAAUAAAAACACAAACUGCAUAGAAAUGUUUAUUAUGGUAUUAACAUUUUAAAAUAUAAAGCUGCAGUUGAUUAACCUAGCCAAUGACUACCCCUCUGUCGCACUCCCUCUAGUCAUGAUGUUAUUGCAUUCUAACGUGUUGUUUCUACAGAGCUGGUUUGUGCACUUUUCAAGUUGUUAAUUGUUCGCUUGAAUGUCUUUGUUACAAAUUGUAUUUUAGUGAGGCCAUUUGAAGUGCUUCUUUGGCCAGUUUAGAGUAUGAUAGAGUAUGAAUAGAGGUUAUAAAAUUUAAUUGCUGUUUUAAAAUAGAAUGUUGGAGUUGAUUCUAUGUACCUUAAUGUUUAUUAAAAAAAUGUAGGCAUAUUUAUAUCCUGUGUUAUUUUUAUAAAAGUUCUGGUCUCAAACGUUAUGUUAAAUGUGUUUAUAUACAAAAACUUUAAUAAAAGUA